GUCCUCAAAAAGCACGGUGCGUAGCCCCGAGCUCAUGAGCCGCCGCUCAUGGCGAAGGAGGUAGCUCAAGGACGGGAGUUGUUGCAGCACUACCGGCGCCGGCGCAAGCUGGGCCUGCUGCCCGGUCGGAGGACCUCUGCGGCAACCGUCGCAGCAGAGCGUGCAGAUGCGCUCCUGAGCCACAGCGCCUUUGGGUACUUUCCACCCGAUCGCCCCCGUGCCCAACUGCAGCUGGAGCUGGCGAGCCGCCGAAAGGCACUGGAGGCGCAGGUGGCUGAGCUGGAGGCCGCCGAGGAGGCGCAGCGAGCGCUGGCGGCCGAGGCGGAGCAGCGCCAGCAUGCGCUGCAGCGGGAGAUGGCCGCGGCGGUGGAGGAGCACAGCCAGCUGUCCCGGCAGCUGCCGGAGCUGCGCGCCCGGCGCCAGGAGCUGGGCCGCGAGGCCUGGCGCCUCAAGGCGCUGCUGCAGGACUUGGCGGAGCAGCGGGUCUCGCAACAAGCGCCGCCCAGGCAACCUGCGCCAGGCGCGGCAGAGCGGCUGCAGAUGCACCGCGACUACCUGCUGCAGCUACAAGCGGAGCAUCAGCAGCUGAAGCUGUCAGCCGACAGGGCGCUCCUGAUGCGUGGCACUUCAAGUUGAUGCGGGG